UUUGUCAAUUUUGACUUGGUUCCAAUUCCAUUCUUCUCUUUUAGGCAAAAGCACAAUAUAAAGAUGAGAGUGUCAAUUCUCAAAAGUUAAUACAAAGACAGAGCAGAGAUAAUAAGCAAGAAAAGAAUAAGAAAGCAGAGAGAAAGAAAAAACAGAAUAUUAAUGGCUGCUUUGUCUGAUAAACUAGCCGAUGCUUACCAGAACGCAAGACCAAGAUAUCCGAUCGAUUGGUUCACGAAGCUCGCAGCUCGAACCGGUCAGCACAAAUUGGCUUGGGAUGUCGGUACUGGCAACGGUCAAGCCGCCAUUGGUCUCGCAGAGUAUUUCGAGAAAGUUGUGGCCACAGACAUCAACGAAGCACAACUAAAACGGGCAGUGAAACACGAAAGAAUCAGUUACCAUCACACUCCGACAACGAUGUCAGAAGACCAAAUGGUUGCUCUUGUCGGAGGAGACAACUCCGUCGAUCUCAUCGUCGCUGCACAAGCCGUUCACUACUUCGAUCUCGCACCAUUCUACAACAUAACCAAACGUGUUCUUCGCAAAGAAGGAGGUUUGAUCGCAGUUUGGGUCUACAACGAUCUAGUCAUCUCCCCUGAAGUCGAUGCCAUCAUGAAACGUCUUGUGGACUCCACGUUUCCGUUUAGAACUCCCAUCAUGAAUCUUGCCUUUGACGGCUACAAAACGCUGCCGUUUCCUUUUGAAGGUGUUAAAGGAAUGGGAUGUGAAGGAAAGCCAAUAACGCUUGACAUUCCUCAUAAGCUUUCGCUUAAAGGGUUUAUAGGGUUCUUGAGAUCUUGGCAGCCCGCGAUGAAAGCUAAAGAACGAGGAGUUGAGCUCGUAACUGAAGAUUUGAUCAAUAGGUUUGAAGAAGCUUGGGGUGAUGAUGAUGAUGUUAAGGAUAUUUUCUACAAAGCUCAUAUGAUUGUUGGAAAACUUUCGGCUUCAGAUAUAGAACGACAUCGAAAGAGAUUUGAAUCCAAUUGUGUGGUUACGAAACUGAAGGAUAGUAACAACUCGGCUGUUAUUGCUUCAGUGACGGCUGCUGCGUUUGCUGGAGUGGCAGCUUACUGUGCCUAUUCUGCGAGGAAGAACGCUUAGAUAUAUUUAUAUACCUUUUGAUGGACAAGAACCGGUUUCUGAAUCUGUUGAACGCGAUUGCCAAUUACUGAAUCGAGAAUUUAUAACCAAUGUAAUCACGUAUACUACUUGUGUGUAUGUCAUUGAACAUUUCUUUUAUCAUCUUCAUCGCAUUUUAAGUUGAACAUCU